CUUGCUUAAGGUACAGGACGGAGUGUGUGUAAUCGCAGUUAAUGUCUUAAGGAUAAGGAUUACCAGAGUGUGAGAGAGGGAGAUCUUGUGAGGCUGCCCUGUGCCCUGGAUGAGAUCCUGUCCUUGGGCAGUGCCGUGCUCUGUGGGAGGCUCCCUGCCUGACCUUGCAGCAGGUUCUGAGUGAGAAAGGCCAUUCGAAGAGUCACUAACUGAUCCCCCCCUGAGAGAAUGCUCAGUGAGACAGAAAGCAGCAGCAUGAGCGAGAGUGCCAGAGACGAAGUGCACAGCGGUGCCAGUUCCCUUCAAGUAGAUCUCUCCAAACUUGUGAACUGGGCACAUGCUCACGGGACCAUAUGCAACCAGAUCCCAGCCCUAGAGUUUAUUCAGGACAUGGAGUUCCUGAGCAACAACAACGCUGUGCUGUGGAUGUGCAGAUUCGGACAUGCCUAUCACUGGCCCUGUGGGAGCUUAAACGACAGAGGUGAAGAAGAGAUGGAGGCUGUAAGAAGGAGCAAGAGGCUCCUGUCUCCUGAGUCUUUGGCAAUGGAAUCUGGCUUUGAGGAAAAGAGGCUCAAGCUGGCCCCAUCAGAGAUGGGUCAAGCAGAUUCUGGGAGCACAGGGUCAUCUGAUAGAUCCCGAAGGGUCACUGAGCAGAAGGUUGACAGUGCCUACACAAGGAAUAACAAGCCUGAGGGGUGUCAAAAUACCAGGAAACCCAUAACAUCAUUUUCUGCAGCAGAGCAGCACUUCUCAAUGUCUGGUAGUAGAAUCCAAACUGGUGAGCAGGACAUGAAAUCUGAAAGUGACCAAGACUUACUGAUCAUCUCUGAGCAAUGCGAGGCAGAUGAAGACAACCAAGGAGACAGAAUCAGCCAGGAUAAUGUGUCAGAGCCAUCUACUGAGGAGUUGGAGGUGCUCCCCUGCCAGAAUAUGGCAUUAGACCAGCCAACAGCCUCUGAAAGAGCAGCCUUUGCCCCCACGGCAAGGCCACCCCUAUCCCGUGCCUACAUUCUGCAGACUCCUGUCAGUGACUUGGAGGACCCGAGCAGGAGCAUCCUGAGACUGGGUCCUUUCACUGCUGCAGUGCCCAUGGCUGAAACUUCCAGAGCAGGGAGCCCCCCGGGGUCAGCAGCAUCAAAGGUUCAUUCCAAACCCCUUCCUGUUCCCAGCACUGAAGCCAGAGCCCAGCAUGAAUCACAGCCCUCAGUGGCAUUCUUUGAGCUCCAAGCCACUGCUGAUGUUCAGCAGCAUCUCCAGCUGAGCCCUCCAGAGUGUGGCACACUGGGAACGGGCUCCAGCGGGGAUGGUGCUGAGAACGUGGGUGAGGACAGCAGCUCAUCAGGAUCCGGGCAGAUACCUUGUUCUUCAGCCUUACAGAGUCCAGAGAGCCAUUCACCUGCAGCCCCAAACGGAGAUAUGAAGAAGACAGAGAAAAGGAAAAGCUAUACCAUUGGAGACAUAAAAGUGUUCAAAGAGUGGCUGAGGCUGCACCACCCCUCCGAGACGCGCAAGAUCCACGCGCUGCCUCCUGCAGACCUCGACCACUACCUGGUCUCGUUCUUCAUCUCUGCCAAGAGACGGAAUGGCGUGGAUUUUUCUGCCAAUUCCUUAAGGUUCUUCCAGCGCAACAUCAACCUGUACCUCAAGGACCACAACUACCAGUACAACACGUUGAGAGGGCCGGAGUUCAGCGUCUCUCAGGAAGCCUAUAGAUUAAAGUAUUGGUACCUGUACCAUCAGAAGGAGGAAAUGAAGGAGAAAGGGUGGAGUCUUGUGGAGAACCUGACGGAUGAAGAUGUGGAAAAACUUCUUAAGAAGGGAGUUUUAAGCAAGACACACCCUCAGGGCUUGCUGCACCUCAUGCUCACCAACCUCAUUAGGGGGUUUGGGGUGCACACCCACCACCAGGCCCACGAGCUGUACUGGGGACAGGUGGUCCUGAAGAAGACCAAAGGAGGGGUGGAGUACCUGGAGUGGAAGGAUGAUCUGAGCCCUGGGGGAAACGAAGGGGAGCUAAGACCACAGCUCUUUGCCAAGCCUGAGGAUCCAGAGAGCUGCCCCGUGGCCGAUUACAAGCAGUAUGCCAGGAAGAGGCCGCCGGACAUGCUGAAUGACAACCACCCUCUUUACCUGUCUCCCAAGUCACUGUGCUCUGUCUGGGACAAAGUGUGGUACAGCAGGAAGGCACUGACAAAAGCCAAAAUUGAUAAAAUCAUGAAAGUUAUUAUCCAGGACAUCAUAAGAGCCAUAAGGAACACCAGCACAUAGGGGUGUCCCUUUGGCUUUGCACCUUCAACCGCUCCAAGGCUGCUCUGAAGAAUUCUGUCCCAAUAUUUGGUGUAGGUUGAGAAUCAGCAUCCUUCUGCUGGGUUUCGCCUUGGCACUGAAGGUACCUACAGAUCUGCAACGCCCUGGCUUUCAGGGAAGUUCCUUUGUUGUUGUUUCUGUUACUGGAAUUGAUAAUUCAGUGAGUUAAUGAAAAUCUUCAGUUUCACAUUUGCUAAACAAGUUAAUGUUCUACCACAUGGUCAAUACUGUUAGAAACGACCAGAGCUGAUACAGAGAGGGCUUGGGGGUGGCAGAGCCUGGCCAGGAGCAUCAGCUGCACCCACAUUUUGAGGAUGACACCCCACACAGCUCGGCCUGGGACACAGACCUGCAGGGAAGGAUGAGCAACAUGAGGUGAGCGAUGACGCUGCCAAUCCCAACCUCACAGGAACGCUUCUGACAAGGCUCAGGUCAUUUCCCUUAAGGAAAGAUUCAUAGACUGAAGAAGUUGUGGCUGUUUUAAGAAGUUACUUUAAAAGUCUGACAAUGUUGAAAGGUUUUAUGGUAAGUGGUAUCCCUGGAAUGCAAAACACAACUCCACAAAGGCACUGGGAGGUGUGUUCAGCUCUGCUCCGCUGCCCCAGCGCUGUUUAGUGCCUGUUACAGCUCAGUCGGGGUUUUGCUUGCACUGUUGACAGAGCCAAAUAAAAGAACCUUUAAUUC